UUUUCCCGUCCCCACGGGGUGAUUCACGACAGCUCCCCCGGACGCCGAGUCCCUCCCUGUCCCGCUCCGCGCUGGGCGCCCUCGACUGGGGAGUCGGGACCCAAGGGGGCGGCCGUGGGAAAGGAUCCGCCGCAUGUGAUGAAUUUGUCAACGCUCAGGGAAGGCUCGGCCAUGGCUUCCCUGUCCCCGAGUUCUUCGCCCUCCCGGGAGAGCGAGGACGGGCCGCCGCCGCUGCCAGGUGGCGUCGAGCCAGGCGACCCCCGUGCCAAGCCCCCGGUCAAGCCCAAACCCGGCCCUCGGGCGUGGGCCGCCAAGCCGGCCCUGCCUGCCAAGCCCAGCCUGCUGGUGCCCCUCGGGCCCCGGCCUCCCCGCGGCCCCCUGGCCGAGCUGCCCUCGGCCAGGAAGAUGAACAUGCUGGCGGGCCCCCAGCCGUACGGAGCCGGAAGACGCCCGUCGCCCUUCGCCCCGCGCCCGGCCGCCGGGCCCCCGGCCGGGGGGGACCCCGCCGGGGCCCCCGGGACGCGGGCCGGAGGGCCGGGGAGGGAGGACGGGGCCCCGGCGGCCCCCGCCGCGAGGGGCCCGGCCCCGGGGGGCGUCCGGAAGGCCCCGGCCCCGUUCCGCCCGGCGUCGGAGCGCCUGGCCGCCGCCGCCGCCGUGGAAGACAUCCUUGCCAAGAUGGAGCGGGAGUCCCAGAGGGAGGGGCCCGCCAGCCCCGAGCGGCUCCGGGGCUCCCGCCUGACGUUCGACCACGACGGCGGCUCCCGCUACGGCCCCAGGGGCCACGGCGCCGCGCGGGGCCCGGCCGACGGGGAGCGGAGCGGCCCCCGGGCCCCGGGGGGAGGCUCCGGCCCGGGCUCCCGGGCCCCGGAGCGAGACGGCGGGCCCGACCGGAGGGCCCGGGAGAGUGAACCCGGGCUCCGGCCGGAUCCCAGUGAGGACCCGGCCCCGCCGAGAAGGCCGGAGGCGUCCCUUGACGCUUCUAAGCCCCGGAUCCCCUCCCCCCCCGGCCCCGCUGACAAAGGAUCUCCCCGCCUUUCGGAAACCCCGGGCUCCGCCGGUCCCCCCACCGGGGUCUCUCUCCGUCUCUCUGGCCUCUCUGACGGCCCCAAGCCCUUCUCCUCACACCCCGGCGAUGAGCUCGUGGGAUCCGAGGGUCCGGGUUCCCCGGGGGGCUCCGCCGGCCUCCCUCGGGCCCCGGCACCCCACGGUCCGAUCGUCUCCUCGGGCGACUCCCCUCGUCCGGCCGAGGCGCCGGCCGGCGCCCCGCCGAGCCCCCUCCCCGAGGCCUCGCCUCGCCUCGCCGAGGCCCCUCCGGCCGGUAGUCCGGCGUGUCCUUCCCGGGGAUCCCCCGGCCUCUCCGGGCCUCCCCGAUCCCUCGGCCCGGCUCGCCCCCCCGAGGGGUCCCCGAGCGCCUGCGGUCCGGCCCUUCCCUCCGAGAGGCCCCCCGGCUCUCCCGAGGCCCCAGACCCUCCGGGCCCAGAGCGCCCCAGCGUCGCCUCCCCCCGGGCUCCGCUCCCGGGGACCCCCUUCGGGGAGCACGUGCGGACGUUCCCGGCGGAAGAGGUCGGGGAGGAGGCGAGCCGGCGGCCUCCGAACCUGGAGCAGCGCCGCUUUUCCGAGGGCGGGCUGCGGCCCCCGGAGCGGGCCCGGGCUGAGCUGGGGGGGUCUCUGGCCGCCCUGCCCCGGCCCCGGGAGGGAGGCGGCCCUGCCCUGGACCGCCCCUUCGGGGGCGGGACGGAGUCCAACUGGAGCCUGUCCCAGUCGUUCGAGUGGACCUUCCCCGCGCGGCCCUCCGGCCCGGGCGUCUGGCGCCUGGACUCGCCGCCGCCGUCGCCCAUCACGGAGGCGGACGACUCCGGCCUCUCCGAAGGGGAGGGAGGGGACUCGGAACGGGAGCACGGGCCCGGGAUCCCGCGGCCGGGCCCGGCCGGCGCCGCCCCCCGGCCCCGCGCGGGGCGCGACGACGGCCGAGUCGCCGGAGGGGACGAGGGGUCUCCCGGCUCCGAGCCCCCGCGGCCUCCCGUUCGUCCCCUGGAGCCUCGAGGUCGGGGGUCACCGGGGCCGGCCCCGCCGCAGGCCGAGGAGGCGCGCGGGCCCGGGGAGGCCCUACCCGCCGCCGCCCGGCCGCUGACGGAGCCCGUGAGGGGACUGGAGCCCGCGGCCCUCCCGGCCCAGCCCUGCGUCUCGUUCGCCGACGCCGACCUCCCCGAGCGAGCCGCGGCCACGCGGGAGGACGGCGCCGCCCUGGCCCGGGCCACCGGCGCCCCUCGGGCCGAGGAAGGGGGCCCCCGGGGGGCGUCCCCGGAACCCCCGGAAGGAGACGCCCGCUGGCUGGACGAGCUCCUGGCCUCCCCGCCGCCCGGCGCCUCCGGCCCCGCGGAGGAGGCGGAACCGGAGCGGCGGGAGACCCCGGCGUCGGACGCCAGGCCCGAGGGACUCCUCGGCUGGGCCCAGAAGGACCUGCGGAGCGAAUUUGGGAUCGGAGGGGACAGCCCAUCCGGGGAAUUCAGCCCCUCACCCUGGGCCAGAGAGUCCUCCGGGGGAUACGGCCUCGGAGGCUCGGGUUCCGAGCGCGACCCGGGCUCCGGGGAGAGGGACUGGGCCCGAGAGUACGGCGGCGGGGGCGGCCGGCGAGGGCGGGAGGGGUGGGCCGGCACGUUCGGCCUCGGCCGGCCCGGAGCCGGCGGCGAGUUCGACCUCGGCCCCGGCGGAGACCGAGGAGGGAGAUUCGGCUCAGGGGUCCCGGAUCGGGCCCGCGCCCGGGACGGGGAGUCGGGGGAGAGCCUGCAAGCGGGCGCCUACGGCUCCGACGCGGCCGCCCGGCGGGACGGGGAGUUUGGGAAGACGGAGCCGAGAGGGGAGCACGGCUACGGCGACGCCGACCGCCGGGACGGAGAGUUCGGCGAGUGGGACCGGACGAGGGAGUUGAGCGGGGGCAGCGAUGUCGACCCGUGGGGCGGGGGCUUUGGCGAGAGAGACUCGAGCGGUGGGUUUGGCCGGGGGACUUCGGAACCGCGGGGGGGGCGGUUUGGGAAGGCAGAGCAGAGCAGCGAAUCCAGCGUCGGGGAUUCCGGGAAGGAGGAGGAGGAGGACCCGAAGGGGUCGCGUCGUCCCGGCAGCCCCGGCCUGCGGGGGAGGCAGCUGGACGUGAGCGACUGGGGCGGCGAAUUUGGCACCGCCGACACCGCCCGCCAGAACAGAGAGUUCGAGACGAGGGACCAGGCCGGAGCGUUCCACGCCGGGGACGCCGAUCGGCGGGAUAGAGGGUUCGAGAAGAGGGACCGGGCCGGGGUAUACGGCGCCGGCGACGCCGACCUCCAGGCUAGAGAGUUCGGGAAGAGGGACCGGGCCGGGGUAUACGGCGCCGGCGACGCCGACCUCCAGGACAGAGAGUUCGAGAAGAGGGACCCGGCCGGGACGUUCGGCGCCGGCGACGCCGACCGCCAGGACAGAGAGUUCGAGAAGAGGGACCCGGCCGGGACGUUCGGCGCCGGCGACGCCGACCGCCAGGACAGAGAGUUCGAGAAGAGGGACCCGGCCGGGACGUUCGGCGCCGGCGACGCCGACCGCCAGGACAGAGAGUUCGAGAAGAGGGACCGGGCCGGGACGUACGGCGCCGGCGACGCCGACCGCCAGGACAGAGAGUUCGGGAAGAGGGACCCGGCCGGGACGUUCGGCGCCGGCGACGCCGACCGCCAGGACAGAGAGUUCGAGAAGAGGGACCGGGCCGGGACGUUCGGCGCCGGCGACGCCGACCGCCAGGACAGAGAGUUCGAGAAGAGGGACCGGGCCGGGACGUACGGCGCCGGCGACGCCGACCGCCAGGACAGAGAGUUCGGGAAGAGGGACCGGGCCGGGACGUACGGCGCCGGCGACGCCGACCGCCAGGAUCGAGAGUUCGGGAAGAAGGACUGGAUGAGCGAAUACAGCAGCAGCGAUGCCGACCGGCAGAACGGGCCCUUCGGAAGGAGAGAUGAACCUGGGGCUUAUGGCGGCAGGGAGGGUGACCACCAGGACAGGGAGUUUGGGAAGACGGACUGGACCACCGAGUUCAGGAGCUCCGAGACCCGGCGGCCAGAAAGGGAGUUCAGCUUGGACGGGCGGGACUGGAGCAGUGACUUCUGCAUCGAAGGCAGCGAUCGGGGAGACCAGUUCGGCGUCAUCGGGACGGACCGGGGCAGCUGCUCGGGAAUGGCCACCCGGAGUCCAACCGGCAAGGUCGGAAACGCAGACUUCGUAUCGUCCGGGCAAGUGUCGGUGGGAAAGACGGACUGGACCAGCGAUCUGGGCCUCAGGAACCUGGACGUGCCCGUAGGCGAGGCCAGAGAGCAGGGAGUGGGACAGGUGGACUGGUCGCACGACCUUGGCCUCGGAAGCCUGGACGUGGCCGGCGGCCCGGGGUCCGGAGGGGCCGGGGCAGCCGGCGAACCCGGGAGGGGACGGAGAGAUUGGACCCGAGAUCUCGGCCCGAGUCACGUGGACGGGUCCGGCGGUCCCGGCCAGGCCGGGGACCGCGGAGCGGGUCAGAUGGACUGGACCCCCGAUCUCGGACUGAGGAACGUAAGCGUGUCCGGCGGAGACUCCGGAGGCUCUCUGGAGUCAAGAGGGCUUGGCGUAGGCCAGGCCGACUGGACCCCUGACCUCGGACUGAGAAACAUGGACUUGACCGGCGGCUUGGGGUCAGGUGGCCCCGCAGAGGCCAGAGAGCACGGGGUAGGAUGUACGGACUGGACCCGCGAUCUUGGCUUGAGGAGAACGGAUCUGCCUAGCGGCGCGGAGCCGGGAGACCCGCCCAGCGAGACCCGUCAGCGUGGAGUCGGACAGACGGACCGGUCGCCGGACCCGGGGCUCCGGAACGCGGACCUGCCGGGCGACCUGGGCCCCGGCGGCCCGAGCGAAGUCAGAAGAUGCGGGGUGGGACAGGCGGACCGGUCCCGCGACCGCGGCCCCACAGACGCCGCUUCGCCUCGCCGUCUGGGAACGGGCAGGCCCGGUGAGGCCAGAGGACUUGGAGUGGGAGAGACGGCCUGGUCGCGCGCCCCUGAGAGUCGAUCCGGAGACUCCUCCGCUCAGCCCUCCGGCAGCGGGGCCUCGGGCACGGAGCCGGAGCCGGACGUCCCCGAUCCCGGCGACCUGGGGACCAGCCCAGGCGGACACCUCUCCCGCUCGUCGCCCGCCGGCUCCAAGAGCCUGCUGGAGGAGAUGCUGGCCAACAGCUCCUCCAAAGCGGCGGCCCGCAGGGAGAGGGCGGCCUCGGGCCUCAGCGGGCCGCCCGAGGAGGAGGAGGGGGAGGAGGAAGAGGAGGAGGAAGACGGGGCGGCGGCUGCGGCCGAGGCGGAGGGCGUGAAGGAGGCGUCCCCCGAGCUGGGAGAGGACCCCCUCCUCCCCCGGCGAGCCCAGCCCGACGGAGAGGCCGGUCGGGGAGAGGAGCCGGACGGAAGCCAGGCCCCCUCGGGGGACGGACGGGAGACGGCCCCCGCGGCCCCGCCGGCCCCGGCUCCGCGGCGGCUUCUCCGCAGCUUCACCGCCGGUUCUUCCGGCCAGGAUUUCUCCUUCAUAGAGGACACGGAGGUCCUGGACAGUGCCAUGUAUCGGAGCCGUGCCAACCUGGGGCGCAAGCGUGGGCACCGGGCUCCGGCCCUCCGGCCGGGGGCCACCCUGGGGUUGGCCGAAUCCACCGACUCCUGGCUCUUUCAGGACUCCACAGAGCCCCGGCCAACCCGGAGGGCGUCGUCAGACGAGGAAGCGGUGGAGGAGCCGCAGAGCCGCCGGACCCGGAUGACCCUGGGGCCCAAGGGCCUGAAAGUCAACCUCUUCCCUGGCCUGAGUCCGUCGGCCCUAAAGGCCAAGCUGCGACCCCGGAACCGCUCGGCCGAGGAAGGGGAGCAGGUGGAGGCCAAACCCACGCAGAAGGAAUCCCUGGUUCAACGUUCCAAAUCCUGCAAAGUUCCCGGCCUGGGCAAGCCCCUGGUCCUGCCCCCGAAGCCGGAGAAGUCCUCAGGGUCAGAAGGGUCGUCUUCUCCUACUUGGCUGCAGGCGCUGAAGCUGAAGAAGAAGAGGGUAUGAGGAGGAGCUGUUGAGGUUGCUCCUGCUUGGAGUCUCGGGCAGCCCCCACCGUGGGGGUCGGGGGAGGGACGAGGAGAGGAUUGGAGCCCGGCCUGCACCCCCUUCCCCACGUUGUCGCUGAGCCCCCGCAGAGCAUGGAGGAGGAGGAGGAGGAGGGGGGAGGAGCAGGAGGAGGAGGAGAAAGACGGGAGGGGGAGGGGGAGGCCCAGGCACAUUUAUGCACUUUGUAUCGUCCUCGCACCCUCUCUUUGGUUUCGGUCAUUAGCGGUUGACGGUUUUCGGCCCCCUCCACCUCCCCGCCGGCUGAUUUUCUUUUGAUACCACUUUAUAGCAUUUUUAUAAAGUCUCUGGUUUUGUAAUGAGCAGCAGAGCCCCCCUCCUCCUCCUCCUCCUCCUCCUCCUCCUCCUCCUCCUCCUCGUCUUUUCC